ACAAGGCAAAUCGGACGGCAAUGCGCUUUCAACUACCAUAACGAGUCCAGAUUGAUAUCAAUGGGUCUGUCCAGACAUGUUCGCAGUAUAAGAUCCUCAUGACUCGACAUAAUCUCGACAGUCACAUUUCUUGGUUGUUAUCUCACGAAGUCACUUUUCCGGCGACCGUGUAUGCGACGAACUCAGCAGCACCAACUGCGGCAGACAUUGUGGAGGAAGAAUUCUGGGGAGAGGAAAUAAUACCAGGCCCGCCGAGGACUGCAGCAGUUCCAGCUCGCCAGCAUAGAGUCCUGACGAAUGUUGCUCAAGAGUUUAUACGACCUCCACUUCCUUCCGCAAAACCACCAUUGCCAGAGAUAACGAGAACGACUGGGGACAGUUCAAUGGGUAACUUAUCAUCAGCGUCCAGGUCAAACAGGCCUGGACUAUUGACGCAACACCAGCUGGCCACUCCAGCUUCGACAUCCGGCACUACUUCAUCUGCAGGAUCGCAUUCACGGGGCAGCGGCUUGACAAGGAACUAUGCUGCCCAAUUGUCGGAGGAAAAAGGAGAUACUCCUUCUGCACGAAAAACAGUCGAUCGGCGACCGGCUAGAUUUCCUCGAGCUUUCGAACCCCCACAGACUCCAGGACUAACUCCCCGAUCUACGGUAGGAGCGAAAACGAUCGAUUCCGUGGAUUUGACUGGAGAUGAUCGUUUCGCAGAUCUUGAUCUACGGUCAAGCAGUUCGGACGCCACAUUUGGACCACCGGUUGUUUUAUGGAGGGAAGAUUCUGCUUCAAGAGCGGAGCCUCCUGUCUUAGAACCCGAAGUCAGAACGUCAAAGAAGAGGAAGAGUGGAGAUAUAUCACCUGAACGCUCGAGGAGAGUCGUCAAACUUAGCAUCGACCGAAUCAAAACCUCUCAGUCUCAGCCAGAAAAUCUGGAUGGUUUCGUGGACAUCGACGAUGUUCCCAAGCGUUCGGCUACCAAGACACCUUCCGCUCAGACCCAGCGCUCGAAAGCCGUGCAACCUUGUGUUGAGCUUAACUUUGGUAUGGAUGCUUUAGAUGCGUACCAAAUCACAGAGACCAUCAGCACUGUUCAAUCCCGGACAAGAAAGAGUAUAAGCCGAGUUUCAUCGUUCACGAGUGGAACCCCUUCACGAUCAACACAUAUUCAAGAACAAUCAGCUCGCAGAAGCACCGAGUCGACCGGGACGAUUGAGCCUUGCAAGACUACGGUCCAGGUCGCAGCUUCUCCUGCCCCAAAAUUGAGCAAUUCGCAGAGUAACAAAGUCAACCCCACACCUCAAAAGUCUCGAAAGCGGCAUGUACAGAGGACUAUUCAGGACUCGGAGGAUGACGAAAACUUUUCAGACGUUGAGAAGCAGGCGAGCUGCUCCCCGCGUACCCCUGUCAAAGCUACUCCUCGAGUUGUCAAAGCAUCAAUUAGCCCAUCACAGUGUGAUCUUUCCAUGUUCAGUCCAGCCAAUAGAAAGGCUAUUGAUUUCACUGAUUCGAAACCAAGAGUCGGUAGCCCUCUCCGGCCCAUCUCGCGAAACAUUACUGUUGGCAGGAAUCAGCUCCAUUCUCCAGCUCGAAGAGACGUUCAAACAAAAUCGUCCACUUCUUCUGAUGAUGCUGAAUCAAAGUCAGAUCGCCAAGGGAAUGGCCAGACUCCAACUCCUUCUCUCGGAUUAGACGACAAGAAACUAGUUACCACCUUUGUAAAAGAUCUAUCCACCAUUAGUCUGUAUCACGAGCGUGUUAAAAAUUUAAUUGUCCGAAAUUCCAUUGCUGUCAUGGCAUACCACGACGAAGGAGCGCCGGCCCCCACCAACCUCAAGGAAGCACGGAAAGCAUUGCUCGACAAGGACAAGGCAUACAACGCGGCCAUUGACUGUGGGAAGCGAUAUCAAAGUUUGAUGAAUGAUAAGAAGUUGCUUGCUCGGCAGAUCUGGGAGCUUCUUGAAACCAAUACCGAUACCAGUGACCUCGAGGGUCAGCAGUCAGUACUCACUCUGAAUGCCAGGAAUCUUGAAAAUGAGAUAGUUCGGCUUCUGUAUGAUUCGGGCGCUGUGCAAGACGGAUUUGGGACCGGUUCGGACGAUAACAAAGCUCUUCCUUCAACGGAACCAUCCAAGAUCCCCGAAGCUUCAAUUCUAUUACCUUUCGGCUCCAGUUCGACAGGAAGUGCCCAGGUGAUCAUGCAAACUCAAUUGCCGUCAUUACAAUCGAGAAUAGCCGCGAGCCAUGAUGAUCGAGAUCUCGAAGUCUCACUCUCUAGAUCAUCUUCAGCGAAUCGAGGUCUCACCAACGUUGUAGAUACUUCACGGGACCAUUCGCCACCGCGUCCAGAAUUUCGAAAUCGAAACUCUAUCGUUGGCGAACCUGAUGUAUACCCUCGGACAAUGCAAAUUAACGUAACGAAAUCAUCAAACCAGCCAAUUUUCCAUCGCGACCCUUCACCUGCUGAAUAUGAUUUUGACGGAAAUGACUUUGACGAGUUGCUUCAAGAUGAGGAAGACCUUCAGAUUGCUGCCGAAUCCCAGAACGAAAUUGCGGAGAUCAUCGAAGAUGACUUUGGAGAUAGUGAGGAUGAUGUCGAGUUACUCGAAGCAGCCCAAGACUUUGAGAAUCGCCAGUCUCUCGCAGAACCUGUGACACGUUCUCGAAGUUCCCCUAGCAAGGAAUGGGCUUGGAAUGAGCGUAACGACUGCUGGAAUCUGCGGCAAAUCAGCGAAAAUGACAUGUACACCAAUGUGGAUGUGGACGGGUCUCUCUUCGGAUAUGCCUGGUCCACCGAUGUCAAAAUUGUCCUGCGAGACCGCUUCGACCUCACAGGUUUUCGAAAACAUCAGCUGGAAGCCAUCAAUGCUACCCUUGCCGGCAAAGAUGUUUUUGUUCUCAUGCCAACUGGUGGUGGGAAGUCUCUUUGUUACCAACUACCUGCAAUUGUUCAAUCUGGCAAGACUAAAGGUGUCACGAUUGUCAUUUCACCAUUGCUCAGUCUCAUGGAAGACCAAGUACAGCACCUACGCGAACUCAACCUGCGCGCUGGUCGAAUUAGUGGUGAUGUGUCCCCAGACGAGCGUGCACGCAUAAUGAGAAAUCUAGACGAAGAGCACCCUGAGCACUUCAUACAAUUGUUAUACGUCUCUCCAGAGAUGUUAAACAAUAACCAGACUCUCUCGAAGGCUCUGACCAAGCUUUAUCGAAACAAGAAACUAGCUCGGAUCGUCAUCGACGAGGCCCACUGCGUGAGUUCGUGGGGUCACGACUUCCGCCCAGAUUACAAGCAGCUAGUACAAUUGCGAGUUCGCUACCCAGGUGUUCCAUUCAUCGCCCUGACAGCAACAGCAACCCCCCAUGUGCAGAUUGAUCUCAAGCAUAAUCUGGGGUUGCCGGAUGAUUGCCUUACCUAUAAGCAGAGCUUCAACAGACCCAAUAUCUCAUAUGAGGUACGCGAUAAGUCCAAGAAAACAUCGGUUGAGGAGAUAGCGGAGAUGAUCACUACCACGUUCAAGGGCCAGAGCGGCAUCAUUUACGAAUUGUCCCGGGCUAAUUGCGAGAAGCUGGCCGAAGAGCUACGUAAGCACAGGAUCAAAGCCCAACACUACCACGCCACCAUGGAUGCCCAAGCAAAAAUCAAGGUCCAAAAUGACUGGCAGUCUGGCAAAGUGCAGGUUGUUGUUGCUACCAUUGCAUUCGGCAUGGGUAUCGACAAGAAAGACGUUCGCUUUGUCAUCCAUUACACCAUUCCCAAAAGUCUUGAAGGCUAUUACCAGGAAACUGGACGUGCUGGUCGAGAUGGCAAGAAAUCCAAGUGCUAUCUCUACUAUUCAUAUCACGAUGCUUCAGUGCUUAAGCAGAUGAUCAAUCCCAAGGAUCCUAAGAAAAGGGAUAAAAACAUCCAGCCCGAACAAAUAGACAGGCUACUGAAAAUGGUUCAGCAGAUGGUUCAAUUCUGUCAGAACAAAUCGGAUUGUCGGAGGCAGCAGGUUCUAUCAUAUUUUGGUGAACCAUUUGCUAGGGAGGCAUGUAGACGCACUUGUGACAACUGCUCGGAUCCAAUGCCCCACCAUCCAGUGGACAUGACCAAAUAUGCAGUUGCGGCGACCAAUCUUGUUAAGAGGGUAGCUGAAGAUGAUGUGACGAUGACUCAUUGCCGGUCUGUCUUUCGUGGUUCCUCUGUCAAGAAGGUCAAGGACCUUGGACACGACCAGCUUGAGGAGUUCGGAUCCGGGAAAGAGCUUUCUACUGAUGAUGCAGACCGUCUGUUUUUGAAAUUGACAAAUGAGGACAUCAUAAUGGAGGACCACCACUUGAACAGGGCCGGGUUUCCUGUCUCAUAUAUGAAGCUUGGUAAAAAAUGCCGUAAACUUCUUACUGGAAAGGAGAAAUUUUUCCUAGACAUGCCAACUAGUGGCAAAUCAGUGGCUACACAUCAGCAGAGAUCCAAACCGCAGCCGAAAUCCAGGAACGACGUGCAAUAUCCAUCUACUGCUCUCACAUCGCCGUUGGCCCCUUCUCCUCGAGCAAAUCGAUCUACUAAACUACGCGGUACUGUCAAAACCGGGACCGAGCGAGAGAAAUUCAUUGCUACCGACAGCGAAGACGAAGAGGACGCCUUCGAACCGGUAGCCGCCAGCAAAAGACGUACUCCUGCAGCGCGGCUUGGACCUCCUAUCACUUCGGAUGAUCAGUUGGCUUCCUUACCAGAUCGGCAUCGUCAACUCAUUCAUCAAUUCGUUGAGGAGGCAAAAGUUGAGGAAGAGAAAAUGCGGAACCGGGCCGUGGGCAGACAGCCCAUAUUCACAGAGGCUAACUUGCGGAAUAUGGUUAUCAGGUGGACCUUGACCUUGGACGAUAUGCGCAAGAUACCUGACAUCAAUGUCGACAGAGUCAACACUUACGGGAAGAAGCUGCUACCUAUAGUGACAAAUCACUGGGCCAUGUACCAAGCCAUGGGGGAUGACGAUGAAGAUCGCGACAUUGACCCCAAUCAUCAAAAUAUCAUUGAUCUGAUCACGGAUGAUGAAGAGAGCGAGGAGGAGGAGGACUUCGAGCUUGAGCCAGGGCUCGAAGAGGCAAUUCUAGCCGCCGAGAAGUCUCCCUUCUUCACCGCGUCGGCUACCGGUAAUCGAAAUUCAACGGGGAAGCCUCGAGGUGGCCGGGGCGGGACCAGAGGCUUCAAGCGAGGCAAAACGAAGAACUACGUGGCGAGGAAGAGCACUGGAUCAACCUCAGGUCAAAGUAACGCUGGAGUUAGGAAGAGGAACACAUCUGGCGCCUCCAAACGAUCGCGCGGGAGCAACCGCAGAGGUUCGAGUAUAGUGAGAUCAUUCAGUAAUCAGGGAGGAUCAAGUCGAGGAGGUGGUGGUGGCAUUGGCAUGAUGCCCACAUAAAUCGGCGGUCACAUCAUUACACUUCUUUUAUAGAGCAUUGCAGGAUGCGUGUAGAGUAUCAGGGGCAUAGCAGCAUCUUGGGGUUUUCGGCAGAAAAAAGGUUUUUAUUUUGAUGAAUGUUAAUGAUGGCGUCAUUGAUACCAGUGUUGUUGCUCUUCUUGGGUGGCUCAUAUGAUGUAGUUUGUUCCCAAUGAGAGUUUUGAGUUGC